AUGUCCAAGGAACCCUCUUCCAACCUGGAGAAUGCCAUGCAGAUGCUGAUCAAAACCUUCCACAAGUACUCAGGGAAGGAGGGUGACAAGUAUACUCUGAGCCGGGGAGAGCUGAGAGAGCUGCUAACAGAGGAGCUGGGGAGUUACCUAGGGAACGCCCGGGAUGGAGAAGGGGUUGAGAAGGUGAUGAAUGACCUGGACGCCAACAGCGACGGUGAGGUGGACUUCACAGAGUUCAUCAUCCUGAUGGGAGCCCUGACAGUGGCUUGCAACGACUUCUUCAUGGAAUACAAGCCCGAGAAACUUGUCCACACACCCUUUGAGAAAAAGGAGGCAACAGCGGAGAAGAAAGAGUGA